ACUUCAUACAAAUAAUAAUUCUUUGGAUUGACAACAGGAGGUGAUAAUGUUCUCAAGCCCGACGUCGAGCCGUACGCUCGCAACCACCACUCUCAAGGGCGCUGGCCUCAUCGACAGUGACACUCGCAUGCGAGAUGCCACAGCAGACAAGCCAGGUGGCCGCAAGGGCGCAUCAAAGAUUCGCUCACACCGCACUCAUCAGAUGGAUGUCUACAAGUACAAGGGACCUCAAGGCCCCAAUCGAGCUAGCAUGCUCGCCGCACGGACGCCAGCAGGCGGCACAUCGGAUGUUCUCACGAUCCGCGGCGCAUCGACGGUGGGGCGGCUUCGCAGGAACGCCGUUACGGCGGCAAUUACAGGUGUAGUGCCUGGCAAGGAGCACGCACCGAAAGCAGUAGAAGUAUGGAGAGAAUUUGUGAACAGACGUUGGAAUCCCGAAGCGAGGUUCUUGAAUCUGGAGAGGAUGAUGGAUGAUCCAGAGAUUCAGAAACACAAGUUGCUGCCCCCAGGCGCCCCUGGUUCAUCAGUAAAGGAAGCCUCAGUAUUGUUCAAGUUAGCUUCGCACCUGAAACCUGCAGUCCAAACGCUGUCUCUCGCAAACAACAACAUCAGCACUGGUCAGCUCAUUUCAACAAUAGCGCACUAUCUCCCUACGCUCGCCAAUCUAUCACUACAAAACAACAAUCUCAAGGUUUGGCGAGACAUUGAUUUCAUCUCUGGGCGAAAAGGGAAGCUCGAGCACCUACGAGAACUCAUACUUCUCGGCAAUCCCUUGAGAGAGAUGGAGAUUCAGCAUGGAAGGGGAGAUAAGUACAAGAGUGACAUGGCACGGCGUUUCACGUCAUUGAUAAUGCUGGAUCAGGAGGCCAUUGCUACGAUAGCAUUCGACGCCCCUGGGCCAUCGUCUACUCCUGUGACAGAGAAACGAGCUACCGCAACGACAUUUCCAUACGAGAUGCGGCCGCCAUUUAUUACGGGCGUUGAAGACUCGGUCGUCAGCAAUUUCCUUGUUCGGUUCUUCCCACUAUUUGAUGAUCAACGAGCUGCUCUUCUCGAUGCAUAUCACCCUUCCGCAACAUUCUCGUUCUCAUGUAAUACAACCAUUCCGUCCCGCGCACGUAUACAGGGCCUUCACGUAUCUAAAGACAUGCCUCAUCAGCGCAAGCUUGAUUGGGCAGUCUGGCUCGAAAAUGGCUCCCGAAAUCUUAAUCGCAUGGGAGGUGGCGUUGACAAAAUCGUCAAAAGUCUGCACCUAGGUAGCGAAGCGGCGAUUCGAGCAAUGUCGGCACUACCAAAAACGAAACAUGAUGUAUCUGGUUCACCAGAGAAGUUCUGCAUCGAUGCAUGGCCUGUUGGUCAGGGCGAGAACUUAAAACUGUUCAUUUCCCUACAUGGGCAAUUCGUAGAAGAACCUUCGCAGGGUAUUCGGUCAUUCGACAGAGCGUUUGUUCUAGCGCCAGCGCCAGCAGGUUCUCGGGCCAAGUUAAAUGGCUGGGACGUUAUGAUACUCUCGGACCAAUGGUCGAUACGAGCAUUCUCAAUACAUGAUGCAUGGCAUCCAGGACCAAUGCGUGUGCAAGCUGGGGAGGCUUUACGGACUCAGCAACCGACUGGGUCGACGCCAUCGUCAUCUUCAUUGAUUCCCGCUCAUGCGCGGGCACAGCUAGAACAAGCAAUAUCGACAUUCUCUGAGCCAGAGCGUAACCUUAUCCUGCAGAUUUGCGAGCGAACGGGUCUAAAUGCAAAGUAUGCGGUAGAUUGCCUGCAGAAUAACGCUUGGAAUUGGGAUCGUGCCAUCGCCAACUUUGAGCAAGUCAAGGGGGCGCUGUCACGAGAUGCGUUUCUGUGAUUUUUGGGAGCAUGAAUCCUAAUAUGGCGAACUCCGGUUUCGCAAUCGAUUCACACAUAUUAUUAGAAGGUUCGAUUACGAGGAGUUCGCUGACGGAUUUGAGAUCCGUGAGCAGUUUAUAUACAUUUGGCAAGCUGAAAGUACUUCAUGCAUCAUCGUACCAGUUCAAUGUAACUUUUCAUAUCAUAUUACUAUCAUAUAACGACGUAUUUCGGUCAAUGGACUCAAAAUAUUUUUGCGUUACUCGGGAGGGCGCCAUGUUUUUGGAAGUGCUACUAGUGCUAGUGCUAAUUUCCCAGCGAAUUAACCGCCCUGCA